GCUGGGAUUUUGAUGGGUGUUGUAUUGAAUGUGUCCAUCAAUUUGGGGACUAGUGCUAUUUUAAAUAUAGUCAUGCAUCCAUUAACGUCCACAAUAUAGUCUGUGAAAUAGGGCAUUACGUGAUACGGAUGUUGUGUGAACAUCAUAUUGUAUACUUAGCAAAGCUAUAUGGGAUGCCUUUUGUUUCACUUCCAAAUUGAUACUUCUUCUUUGCCUCUUGCAGCUGCUAUCACUUGCACUAGUUUUGCUGCAUUUGGGAGCCAUGAUGCACUUCACAGUAAUAUUUUAUAAAUAAAAUUAAACAUACAAUGCUACAACACCCAAGAGAUGUACGAUAACACAAGAUGGGAUGCUGCUACCUACAAGCUGAAGCAAACACUGUCGUACAGUAAACUUUUUAUUUGUGAUAUUCUUGAAUUUCAUGGUCCAGAAGGAACAGGAAAAACAGAAAUGCUUUAUCAUUUAACAGCACGGUGUAUACUUCCAAAGUCUGAAGGUGGACUGGAAAUAGAAGUCUUAUUUAUUGACACAGAUCACCACUUUGAUAUGCUUCGGCUUGUUACAAUCCUUGAGCAUAGACUGUCCCAAAGCUCUGAAGAGAUAAUAAAAUCUUGCCUUGGAAGAUUCUUUUUGGUGUACUGCAAUAGUAGCUCCCAGUUACUUCUCACCCUUUACUCACUAGAAAGUAUGUUUUGUAGCCACCCCUCUCUCUGCCUUUUGAUCUUAGAUAGCUUGUCAGCUUUUUACUGGAUAGACCGUGCCAAUGGAGGAGAAAGUGUUAACUUACAGGAGUCUACUCUGAAGAAAUGUUCUCAGUUCUUAGAGAGACUUGUGAAUGAGUACCGCUUGGUUCUUUUUGCAUCAACACAAAGCAUCAUGCAAAAACCCUCAAACUCUACAGAAGGACCUUCUUCUGCCUUUAAGCAUCCAAGAAAUGAGGACAUAGACUAUAGACCCUAUCUCUGUAAGGCAUGGCAACAAAUGGUAAAGCAUAGAAUAUUUUUUUCCAGACAAGAUGAUUCUAAAAGAAACAACCAGUUUUCCUUAGUUUUGCGUCACUUAAAAAGUAACACUUUAAAAAAGCAUUUUUUUAUUAUUGGAGAAAGUGGGGUUGAAUUUUGCUGAUAUGUAUCAUAAAUUAGUCUUUUGCAGAAUAUUAUGCAAUUUAUUAAAAGCCUUUUAUAGGCUAAGGUGUUUUGAUUCUAAAGUUUUAAACUCUAGGGGAAUUAACAUUUCUAUAUAAAAUGGAUUUCUUAAACUCAUACAGUAAGACUUCAGUCUAUUCUGUUU